AUGGAUGAAGAUGAUUGUACAACUACUGCACUUUUUGGUACCACCUUUGAACUCCCUGCGAGGUAUAUACAAUUAGAAGCUAUUGGAAUGGGUUCAUUUGGUUUAGUCUGCUCUGCUUUGGAUAUUGUUUCAAAAGAACGACGAGCAAUCAAAAAAGUCACAAAGCCAUUUCAAGCACCAGUACUAGCAAAGCGGGCAUUCCGUGAACUUAUGCUUCUUAGACAUUUAAAUCAUGAUAAUGUAAUCUGCCUUAUAGACGUUGUUCUAUCACCAUCUAAAGAUGAUCUCUAUUUUAUUACAGAAUUGCUUGGCACAGACCUUCAACGUCUGCUGAGUGUCAAAAAGCUUGAACCACAAUAUAUACAAUACUUUGCCUAUCAGAUCUUUUGUGGGCUAAAAUAUGUACAUUCAGCCGGCGUGGUGCAUCGCGAUCUGAAACCGGGAAACAUUCUUAUUAAUGAAAAUUGCGACCUGAAGAUUUGCGACUUUGGACUGGCUCGUGUGACAGAAUCAUUAAUGACUGGUUAUGUUUCAACUAGGUACUAUCGUGCACCAGAAAUCAUGCUGACCUGGCAAAGAUAUGACAAGGCAGUGGAUGUUUGGAGCACAGGGUGUAUUUUAGCAGAAAUGAUUCACGGCAUGCCACUGUUCUCUGGAAAAGAUCAUGUGGACCAGUUUGCUCAGAUUGUCGAGGUUCUUGGAAGUCCACCCGACUAUGUUAUAGAUGCCAUCUGUAGUGAAAAUACUCUUAAAUUUGUACGGGCACUUCCUCAACGAGCUCCCAUCUCGCUUUUUGAAAAGUUUCCCAACUACGAUCCCUUAGCUAUUGAUCUUUUGUCAAAAACGCUUGUCUGGGAUACCAAAGAACGUGUAUCUGCUAGCAUAGCAUUGAGCCAUCCUUAUUUUGCAGCAUUUCAUGACCCUGAUAGCGAGUCAGACGAUGCAGCACCAUUUGACUGGUCAUUUACUGAAGUAGAUAUCUCUCCAGCAGAGUGGCAAGCUCGAACAAUCAAGGUAUAUGAUGACUGGCAUCUAAACACUUGUCUAAACCCAAAAUAUAAAGCUAAAUCCAAUGACGUGUAG